GGAGCGAGCAUCCACUGACAGCCAAUGACAGCAGUAAUCUCUUGUAACAUAAACAAUUUGAUUGGAAAGUCAGUCGUAAGGAGGCCACCUGCACUGCAUUAUGCAUCGACUGGUUUCGCUUUGGUUUUGCAUUUCACUCGCCGCCACCACCGUCUUCACUCUCACCCGCUGCAUGCCGUUCGAGGAUGGGAACAACAACAAUGUCAAGAUCACCAGACGUAGCCUGGAGCUGACACAGACCAUCAAUAUACAGCGGCAGGAGUACAUGCAGCGACAAUGCGAGCUACUCGGCGAGCACACCCAAACCCAGGAGGAUCUCACGGAGCUGCAAAUGGAUCAUAUGAUUGUGGACAAACAGCACAAGUUGCUCUACUGCUAUGUGCCGAAGGUUGCGUGCACGAACUGGAAGCGCGUGCUGAUGCUGCUUACGGGGAAGUGGCAUAAUGGCACCGAUCCCCUGCAGAUACCUGGCUCUCUAGCCCAUUCGGUGGGUAUGUUCACAAAGUUCUACGACCUGAGCGAUCAGGAGAAGCAGCAGGUGCUCAGCGAAGACUAUACGCGUUUCAUCCUGGUGCGGCAUCCGUUCGAGCGGCUGCUUUCCGCAUAUCGCAACAAACUAGAGGGUGAUUCCCCAAGUGCCCGGUACUUUCAGUCACGAGUAGGUCGGCAGAUUGUACGAGAACUGCGUCCGGGAGCCAACAACAAGUCACUGGAGCACGGAGACGAUGUCACGUUUGGUGAAUUCGUGGAUUAUCUGCUUACUCCAGAGCUCAGCAGGAGUAAUCAAUCGGCGUACAAUGAACACUGGGAGGUAAUAGCCAAGCUGUGCAAUCCCUGCGUGAUGAAAUAUAAUGUUGUGGGCAAAUACGACACCUUGCUGGAUGAUUCCGCAUUGGCUUUGUAUCUGGCCGGUGCCACAAAUCUUACAUUCCCCACCGGCCACAAGCCAUCCAGCACGCGUGCCAAUCUCCGGAAAUACUUUGAUCCCCUUCCAAUCGGUGCCAUACGCAAGCUGUAUGAGAUCUACGAAGAGGACUUUCGCUUCUUCGACUACGGCAUGGACGAUGUUUUGGGCUUCGAAUUUGGCUGAAUGUAUGAAUUUGUCAUGUGAAUGCUCUCUGCUAUUUCCGAGUCACUACCAUAACGCUUUCCACUGGAAAAGAUUGUGAUUUUAUCAUAGGAGUCGUAUUAGCAAAUAUUUUUUUUAGUUAACGUUUAGUGAAGCGCCAUGCGAAUAUUAUUUUACAUUCACCCUCUACACACAAAUAUCCCCCAACAUUCAUCGAUUAUUACUUGUAGUAAUUGUGUUUGCUUUGUUUAAGAGAUUAUUAAAGCAAUCAAAGUGUUAAUUUGUUACGGAAAUCAUAUUGUAAUUACACGUUUACAUAUUUUAAAAUAUAUAAUUUUAUUUUAUUUGAUUUUAAUUGUACACCAAAUGUAGUAUAAACGUAUUAAAUGUAUUCGGUUAUAUUUAAAAAUCCAUUGAAAUUUGACUUUAAAUUAAAAUAAGUGAUAAUUUUUAGAAUAGUAUUUGAUGGGGCUAGAUUAUAGUCUUAGUUGGAUGCUUAAGUGGUUUGAAGGAUAAUUGUAAAUAUUUUAAUUUGUAAGAAUUAUUAUUAUAGUCUGAUGCUUAAGCAUUACAUUGGAAUUAUUUCAGUUGGAUGAUUAGAGCUUCGAAUGAUCUGUAAAUAUGGUAAUCAAUUUAAAUUUUAAGGCCCGAGCACACUAAAUAUUAUAAACUUUCGAAGCUUAUCUGUCUCGAAUACUCUGUAAAUAUGGUAAUCACUGAGCAUUACCUUUGGGCACCUUGUGUAUAUUAUAAUUUUUACAUGUUAGAUUGUGGAGCCCAGAAAUCCUUAAAGUUAUUGUAGUUAGAUGCUUAAUUAUUGCAUAAUUUCUUCUGUAAGCAUUACUUUCUGGGGGAAAAACGACCUUUAAAUUAUUAUACUUCGCAACUUUUAUGUUGUGUACUCUGUGAAUAUUUUAUUCUAUAAGAAUUACAUUGUGGGACUCAAUGGACCUGUUUAUUUCUAUGAUAGUUCAAUCCUCAAAUGGUGUGUGGAAUAAUUCUGUAAAUAUUUGAAUCCUCGCAUUACAUUUGCGAGGGAAACGAACUUUUUAAUUAUAUUUUUUAGUUUAUUUAUAUGGUGUUUCUUAAAUAGUAUAAUUACUGAGUCUUAUAAUUGGUAUAGUUCUGUUCUUAAAUGGUGUGUAGGAUACUCUGUAUAUUUUUUUUCUUGGGAAAAAAAUCCUUCAACAUCCUUCUUCUUCUUCUUUCUGUACCGAUUCUACCAAGUUCUUAAUGGAUUACCGAUUCGAGUUUAAAUGUAGUUUCCGUGGGUUACAGCGUAAAUAAAUGUAUUAAGCGAUUC